AUGUAUCAAACACGAAAUGAUUACCAAUCGACAUACGAUGAUAAAUACGAAUUCGACCCAUUGGCGAAGAAAAUCAGACCAGCCGACAAUCACAAAGUUCACUUUCAAAUAUACGACUACAAUAGUAAAAUCGAUUGUCCUUCCUUGAAUUCGAGACAAUCAGCAGAUACAUUUACCAUGAAUAUCGAUAGACUGGCUAAGAACGACAUUGAGAAACUAUCAAUCCUUCCUCAAUCACAGACUCAGUCAUCGUCAUCAAGCGUUAUUCCGACUCGCAAACGACGCUACCGAAAUUCUCAAGAUUUAUCCGCGCUGAACUCUUCAGCUUGUUCGACCACGAACGCCGAUGGCCAAGUGCGGACUAAGCCUGAUCUUUCUUGCGUUGUCUGCUGCGCUGUUGCGCAUGGAUAUAAUUUUGAUGCAAUCUCAUGUGAAUCUUGCAAAGCAUUCUUUCGACGCAAUGCUUUGAUUAACACGGACCGAUUAAAGUGUCGUCGGGAUCAAGAUUGUGAAAUAACACUCGAAACGCGACGUCGGUGCAAAUCAUGUCGAUUGAAAAAAUGCUUUUCUGUUGGCAUGAGGAAAGAAUGGAUUUUAACCGAAGAAGAAAAAAUGAGUAAGAAGCGCCGAAUCGAAGAGAAUCGCAAGCUUCGAUUUCCGAACAGUGACGAUCCAAUCUCAAUAAAAACCAAUCUAGAUCUUCAAACUGUUCUUUUUAACAAAGCUAGCAAAACAUCGAGAAAAGUUCCUCGUACAGUUCAAAACAACGAUAUCAUAGCUAACGUUGUCCUCGCCUAUCAUGAUAGCAUGAAAUCGGAUGUAAUCAGCUACGCGUGGUCAUAUCCAUUAGCACGAAAGAUCACUGCGAUCUGUCAAAUAAUCAAUGCAAGAAGUACAACAGCUCUUCGUUUAAUCAAUUUCUACAAACGAUUGCACGAUUUCGAUAUCUUAAUUGAAAUAGAUAAAGUCAAUCUGAUCAAAAAUAACCUCUGGUGUAUAUUCUUCUUCCAUGCUUCUCUCGGAUAUGAUCCGAUUGCAGAUGUAUAUCACGAAGAAGAUACGAAUAGAAAAUCAAUACAUGGCGGCGAUAUUUGCGAAGCAUAUGGAUUCGAAAACUAUACUCGUCUAACGAAGAUUGUGCGCGCUUUAAACUCGAUUGCUCAAAUUGACAAACGACUUAUCCAAGUCGCAUUAGUAAUCUUUCUCUUUUCCACCAGUCUAUCAACAUCAGCGUAUUCAGUUGAACUAAUAAUCGCUAACUGCCAAAAAAUAUUUCGUAUUCAAAACGUUUAUACCGAACAAUUGUGGUCAUUGACUGAGAAGAUCUACGGAUGUGUCCGAGCAGUUCGAAUAUUUUCGACAUUGAUCAGUCAAUGUCUACUCAUACAAAGACUUCUUCAGGAUAUUCAGCAAGGUCUCGAUCCGCAACCUGAUCCACUUCAAGUACCGGCAAUUCUUCGAAGUGUAAUGCAAUCCGCAUAA